AUGAUUGAUCAUAAACAAAAUAAAGAUGACAUCAAUCGUGUGUUCCAAAACAAUGAAUUUUAGAUUCUUUACAAUAGCUGUCUUAAUAGAGAAAAUAUUUGCGAAACUGUUUCAUAUAUCACUUAUAAUUUAAUGAUAAAGCUAAAUCUAGUUGGAAUUGUAGAAAAGACAUUCAAAAAAAUACAGAAGAAACAAUUAUAUUAAAAUCUGUUCAAUACAUAAUUAUGGACAGAUUGGACUGUACUAUAGGGAAUUUUAAAGUUAUCACUUUGUUUCACGUAUAUAUGUAACUAUCGAGAAGUUGAGAAACGUGUCUUUCCACUUUAUACUAAACUAUUUUACCGGAUAAGAUUCUUUCUGUCAAAUUGUAAUUGAAAAAAUACAUGACAAUAAAAGAUACUCCAUGCAAAACAGUGACGAAACGUAUCGAUUCAAUUAUUUUUUUUAACUUAUUUUGAACACUUUAGUCUUGUUACUUUCGUCAAUAUAUUGUUAAUAUAUAGCAAUACAAGCAAUGUCAAACGAAUUUGAAAAAAAUGAUGAUCUAUCAUCAUUUACGAAUCUUUCAUAUAUGAAAAAUGAGAAGAAUUUAACAUUCUUCUCAAGUAUUGACGAAGCUACAAAAGAAUGGCUCAAAUCUUUGGAACAAAUAUGGCAAAUAUGGAAAAAGGGUGAUAUUGUAAACAACACGCUGAUUGAGUAUUUUGAAAGUGCACCUGAUCCGUAUUUAAGCACAAUCCGAUUAUUAGUGAAUACUUCAGACUUUAAACAUAUAAAAAAGAAUUCAUCGUUGGCAUUUACAGUCAUAGAAGAAUUUGCAAACUGGUUAAAAUCAAAGAACUCGAUAUACAAACAUUUCUUAGAUCUAGAUUUAAAGUUAGCAACAUUUCGAUUAGUCAUUCAACAAAAUAAUAUUGAAUUUAUUAAAAUGGUUGCGACUACGUAUGAAUUCAUAGAUCACAAAGAAGAAUUUUUUAACAUAAUAAAGGAAAUCAUUAAAGAAAAAAAAUACAAAGAAGCAGCACAAUAUGCAGUUAUAUUGCAAUUGCAAGAUCAAUUUCCAAAUCCAGAAACUUUACUGCUACCACUUAUUCUACAAAAUAAGUUAACAGUUGUUGAAGAAUUUUUAGGAAAUUGUCCUAUUUUGCAGAAAACCUUAGUCUUGUAUUUGGAUAAUCUAAUUGCACCUGAUAAUAGCAUGCAUACCUUUUUAAAUGAAAUAAUUACAAAAAAUAACAUACCGGAUGUAAAGAUGCCAAUAAUAAAUACUAAGCCAAUGACUAAAUUAAUAGCUCGUCUUAUCAAAUUAUAUAAUCUUCCACCAGAACUUUGUUCAAAUUUAAAUAAAAAGAGAUGCGAAGGUGUUUUACAAUUCCUCGUACAUAAACGUUAUGUGGAAUCUAGUUUAAGUAUUGCUAGUUGGAGAGAAAUGGUGCAAGAUGCAGUAGGAAAUGAUCAUACAUUGCAACUUGCUAUUAUAAGAAUGAUAAUUAAUGUCAAAGACACAGCUGAAGCUUUAUACUGGGCUAAAAAAUUUGAUGUGCCUCGAGAAAAAUGGCCACGGGCAAUCUUAUAUGAAGGAAAGGAACAAAAUGAAUAUGAAGCUGUAAAUGAAGGCGCUUCAACUAGCAAGAUAAACGAUUGGGAAAUUGACAAUGAUCUCGUAAAUUACCAUGAAUUGAAAUUAUCAAGAGAUUCUAUUAAAGUAGUAAAUGAUUUUGAUAGUUUUAGGGAGUUUCUUGAUAAUGGAUUAGUAAAUGUUUUUAUUGUUGGUAUUGAUUCAGAAUGGAAACCAUGUUUUGGUACAAAACAAACAGAAUUAGCUUUAAUACAAAUAGCUACCAAAGUUAAUGUAUACAUCUUAGAUGUAACUACAAUGGGAAACAAGCUAACAGAAUUAUGGGCUGAAUUAGCCUCAGACCUCUUUGAAAACAAGAAUAUUUUAAAACUCGGAUUUGGAAUAGCACAAGAUAUGACAGUUAUCCGCAAUAGUUUGGCUGCAUUAUCAAAAAUAAAAACACACGGACAAGCUUAUCUAGAUAUUGUAAAUUUAUGGAAAAAAUUGGUGGAAGAUUACAAAUUUGUUUUUCCACAUGAAAGCAAUGAACAGUUCACCAAAAAAAAUUUGAGUAAACUUGUAGAGCUUUGUCUUGGGCGAAAACUAAAUAAAUCUGAUCAAUUUUCUAAUUGGGAGCAAAGACCAUUAAGAGAAAGUCAAAUAAUAUAUGCUGCAUUAGAUGCAUAUUGUUUACUAGAAAUAUAUACAGCAUUGGAAAUCCAGUGUGAACAUUUGGGCAUACCAUUUUAUGAUGUGUGUUUGGAAGUGCAACAUAUCCCAUAUCAAUCCCCAGAAAAAAAUAUAAGAAAGCCUGCACAAAAGCACUAUUUCGUUAAAAAGAAUAUCAGUUAUGAUAAACAACAAAAUUUUCAAAGAUAUUCGGAACAAGAAAGAAUAAAAUGUAAUUCUCAGAAACCAAAUUAUCAAAUUUAUCAAUCUUUUGAUAAGCCAAGGUCCACGGAUUUCAAUAAAUUACAUUAUGCAAAUAUGCCAAAAAAUGUAAAACAAGCAAAUUAUGAAAGUCAAACACAAAAAAAUUCCCAAGUAGUUAAAUAUAAAUUCAUACCAGCGCAUCAGUGGCGUGUAGUUUGUGAUUCAAUGUUAGGUGGAUUGACAAACAAAUUGCGAAUGUGUGGAUGCGAUUGCGCUCAUUUUACAUUUGAUCAGGAAGGAGAACGAUCUGCUCAACUAGCAAUGCGCGAAAAAAGAGUGCUUUUGACUCGUAAUAAAGGAUAUUUAAGAUUUUUACAAUAUAUUCCAUCUGAAGAUUGUUAUCUAGUAUUGAACGAUACUCCCAAUGAUCAGUUACGAGAGGUAUUAAACUAUUUCAAAAUUAGAGUUACAGAAAGAGACAUAUUUAGUCGAUGCCAGGACUGUAACAGUGACGAAUUCGCAAAAGUUCCAAAAUUAUUAAUGGAUAAACUUUUAAAAAGCUAUGUCAAAAUAACACGUAAAAAUAAUUAUAGUAUUACUUCAAAUUCAUCAGAUUGUGUAGACACUACAUAUCACUCAAAUGUAGCAACAAAUUCAAAUAAUGAUUUACAACAUAAUACUCGUGUAAAUGAGUUACAGCAUGACGAUCGUACAUGGAUACUUAGUACAAAAUCUAUAAAUGUUGACACAUGUUUAACGAAAUAUAAAACAAGAAUACAAAUUGAUAAAGUACCAAUAAAAAUGCUGCAAAAUAUACAAAAUUUUUAUGUUUGUGAACAUUGUGGAAAGAUAUAUUGGAAUGGAACACAUUUAGAACGUGCACUUAAUGGUGUUAUUAAGGAUCUUAUUUAUCAUAUGUGACUUUUAAUUAUCAUCACUUGUGAUAUAGUGUUUAAAGCAGUACUCAGACUUUGAAAGUAUAAAUCAAAAGUGUCUUUAUUUAUGUGAGUCAUCUACUGUUCCUAUAAUGUGGAAUUAAAAACAAAAAUACGUUUAGUUUACUGUAUAUAUUUUAAGAAAUAUUUCGAUAUUCUUGAAAAUCUAUAUAAUCUUAAAGUUAUUUUUUUUCUUCUCUUUUAUUUUUUUUGUUACUGAAAAACUAUUUUUUGUUACUGAUAAUUUAUAAAUAAACUGAAUGUUUAAUGAUUUUUGAAAAUAUUUUACAUACAUACAUACAUUUCAUAUUUGUUUUCAUUAUUUAUAAAAAAUAAUGUACUGUAAACAGUGAAAACAUAAUAAAAGUAUUUCCCUCGUAUUCAUUUCUUUAAAUAUCUAUUCUUUCUUUAUAUUCAAUUUCUAAACAUUUGAUUUCUUAAAUAAUGACACUAUUCUUUGUUUACUGAUGACAUAAGUCUUAUAUCUAAUAGUUAUGUUAUAUAGUAUAAUAAUGUUUUCCUAUAGAUAACAAGAUAUUAAAUAAUAAAAAAGAAUCUUUUAUAUUAAGAAGUUAAUAUUGUAAUUUAUUUUAAGUUUUCCAUGUUUCUUUUUUAUUAUUAUUUAUUCUUUAUAAAGUUAAAUAUUACAUUAUGUUACACAAAUGAAUUGUUAUUACAGAAAUUGAUAUAAUAAAAUUUACAAUAAAAACAUUUUGUUUUACUGUUAUUAGUACUAUACAGAUAUUUUGCAAACUGUGCUAUAUAUAUUAUCAAUGUUUAUUUAUUCUAUGCCUGAAUUAUAUUCUUGCAAUUCUAUAAUAUCUUUUUUCCCAAAAGGAGGAGGUCCGAUUAAUGCUUCUAUUUCCUUAUAUGUUAAGGUUUCUUUUUUUAGAAGUGCUUCAGCCAACUAUAA